AUGUCUACACCUAGUGACCUUCAACAGCUUAUCGAAAUGGGGUUUGAUAAAGAGCGUGCUGAAAUUGCUGUCAAGAAGACUGGAGGGUUAAACGGAGCCCUGCAAUGGCUCGAAGAUAAUCAAGACAAGGAGAUCGAAGGUUUACGAGCUUCAGAAGUUGUUGCACAGCCAGAGUCCGAUGAGACCAAUCCCAACAUAGAACCGGCGCCGCUCAAAGAAGGCGAGGAGGCAAAUUCCAUGGUGUGCACCGAUUGCGGCAAGAAGUUCAGAUCCAUGUUGCAGGUUCAGGCUCACGCUGAGCGCACCCAACACGAGAACUUUGAGCAAUCAACCGAAGAAAUCGCCCCCUUGACCGAAGAAGAGAAGAAGGAGAAGCUCGCGGAACUUCUCGCAAAGUCCAAGGAAAAGAAAAGCAAGCAGGCUAUCAUCGACAAAGAGGAGGCCAAGAGAAACGAGCAAAUCCGGCAGAAGUCCACCAAGGAAGUAUCAGACGCAAAGGAGAAGCUCGCCCGCGACCAACAAGUCAAAGAAGCCCAAGCCAAACGAGCCGAGAAAGCCGCCGACGUCCUCGCCAAGAAGCGCAUCCAGGAGAAGAUCGCCGCCGAUAAGGAGGAUCGACGCCUCAAGGCCGAAGCUGCCAAAGCUCUCCGCGAAGGACGCGCUCCUCCCGUGGAGAAAGUUGCCCCUGCGCCUACUCCUGCGGCGUCGACUGGCGCGCCAAGAAUCCAUACCGAAGCUCGAUUGCGAUUACAGACUGCGACUGGGUCAAUGACCAAGACUUACCCGGUUGACACGACCCUCUUCGAGAUCUCUCAGCAACUCGAGGGCGAGGUUGGCGCGAUUAGCAGUUUCACGACGACAUAUCCAAAGAAGACCUUCGAGGGUGCAUUGGACUUCGGGAAGACUUUGAAGGAGGCAGGCUUAGUUCCUUCGGCAGUUUUGAUUGUGAAGUAG